AUGUCAACCUCAUCGCUGCGGCGCCAGAUGAAAAACAUCGUCCACAACUACUCGGAGGCGGAGAUCAAGGUGCGGGAGGCCACGUCCAACGACCCCUGGGGCCCGUCCAGCUCGCUCAUGUCGGAGAUUGCCGACCUCACCUACAACGUGGUGGCCUUCUCCGAGAUUAUGAGCAUGAUCUGGAAACGGCUCAACGACCACGGCAAGAACUGGCGCCACGUCUACAAGGCCAUGACGCUGAUGGAGUACCUCAUCAAGACGGGCUCGGAGCGUGUGGCCCAGCAGUGCAAAGAGAACAUCUACGCCAUCCAGACGCUGAAGGAUUUCCAGUACGUCGACCGCGAUGGCAAGGACCAGGGUGUCAACGUGCGGGAGAAGGCCAAGCAGCUGGUGGCCCUGCUCCGGGACGACGAGCGGCUCAAGGAGGAGCGGGCCCAUGCCCUCAAGACCAAGGAGAAGCUGGCGCAGACCUCCACGGCCUCCUCGGCCUCAGCCGCUAGUGCCCCGGCAGAGGCGGAGCAGGCCUGGCCGCAGAGCAGCGGCGAGGAGGAGCUGCAGCUGCAGCUGGCGCUGGCUAUGAGCAAGGAAGAAGCGGAGCAGGUAAGGAGCAAGCCCCCCGUCGCCGUCGCCGAAGAGGACCUGCAGCUCCAGCUUGCUCUUAGCUUGAGCAAAGAGGAGCACGACAAGGAGGAGCGGAUCCGGCGCGGGGAUGACCUGCGCCUACAGAUGGCCAUCGAGGAGAGCAAGAAGGAGGCGGUGCCGGCCAAGGGCGAGGAGUCGUCGCUGAUGGACCUGGCCGAUGUCUUCACCUCGCCGGCCCCCCCUGCUGCUGGGGACCCAUGGGGUCCCCCCGCCCCCACCGACCCAUGGGGUGCCUCUGUGCCCGCUCCCGCGGGGCCGCCUGCCCCUGACCCCUGGGGAGGGACUCCUGGGGGCGUGGCUUCCACUGGCGACCCAUGGGGGGCAUCCGCCUCUGUCACGGCCCCGGGAGACCCCUGGGGGGGCCCCCCGGCCGUCGCCAGCUCCGACCCCUGGAACCCGGAGGGGACGGGCCCUUCCCCACUCCCUGCUGGGGGCGUUGCAGUGAGCGGAGCGGCCCCCGCCGGUGACCCGUGGUCGUCGGGCCCAACCGCAGCCCCCCAGGGAAAACCCGCGGCCGACCCCUGGGCCCCCGCGCAGACCUUCCCCGACCGCUGGGGAGGGUCACCUUCGAGAGCCAGCACCAACGGCACCGCAGUCGGUGGCGCCUUUGAGCCGGACGAGUUCUUGGAUUUCGACAGCCUACGCCCGGCGCUGCCCAAGUCAGGGAGUAGCACAGGGGAGCUGGACCUGCUGGCCGGGGAGGUGCCGGUGUCGCGCUCGGCCGGCGCCCGGAGCCCCAGCACCUUCGACAUGGCGGCUGUCGGGGGCUCGCUGGCCGAGGCCUCCAAACCCACCCGCAAGACCCCCGAGUCCUUCCUGGGCCCCAACGCCGCCCUGGUGGACCUGGACUCGCUGCUCAGCAAACCCCACGCGCCCCCCACCGCCAAGACCUCCAACCCCUUCCUGGCCACAGGGACGGCGCCCACGCCCGUGGUGUCGGCACCAGGAGCAGCCGCCGGCGCCUCUGCCACCAACCCUUUCCAGCCGGCCCAGCCCGCCUCGCUGACCCUCAACCAGCUCCGCGUCAGCCCCGUCAUGGGGCUGGGCCCCCCCGCUGCCCCCUUUGCCCCCCCCAUGGUCUCAGUCACCCCCCUGGGGCCAGUCGUGCCCCUGGCCUCUGUCUCCCCCAUGGUUGGGGUCCCGCCCCCUGGCCUGUCCCCCAUGGCCAUGCCCCCCAUGAUGCCCCCCCAGCCUGUCGUGCCCACCAGCGCCUCUGUCCAGUCCAUGGGCAACACAAACCCCUUCCUGCUAUAA